CAUAAGACAUCAAAUAUGAGAUUCGAAAUACCAACCCUCAUCGCCCUCGCGGCCACCUCCGCCCACGCCUUCCCAACCGCACCAGCCGACAUCCUCGAACUCCUCCCCAGACAAGGCGCCGGAAACAUAACAUGUCCCGCAACCCCCAACCCGAUGCCCAAAGCCGCGGACCUCCCCGCCGUGAAAACCAUGCCCGACCCUUUCCUGUACCUGGACGGCAAGACGCGCGUGCAGAGCAAGGAAGAAUGGCUCGCGUGCCGGCAACCCGAGAUCAUGAAGCUCCUCCAGGAAUACCAGUACGGCUACUAUCCUGACCACUCGCUCGAGACGGUGACCGCGACGCGAUCAGGUACGAAGUUGGAUGUCACGGUUGCGGUGGGCGGGAAGAGUGCGACGAUCUCUGCGACGCUGAAUUUGCCGUCUGGGAGUGGGAAGUUUCCGGUUGUGAUUUCGAUUGGGGGGAUGGAUACGAAGGCGUACACGGCGGCGGGGAUUGCGGUGGUCACGUUUGAUUAUGGGAAGGUCGCUGCGGAUAGUAAUAGCAAGUCUGGGAGCUUUUGGACGCUGUAUAGUGGGAAGGAUAUUGGUGUGUUGACUGCUUGGGCCUGGGGUUUCCAUCGCGUGCUGGAUGGCAUUGAGUUGAAGGUUCCAGAGAUCGACGCAACGAAAUCGGGCGUGACUGGAUGCUCUCGACUAGGCAAGGCUGCGUUGGCUGCAGGUCUAUUCGAUAAACGUAUCGCAGUGACUAUGCCAAUGUGCUCUGGCGUACAGGGAGCUGGACCUUACCGCUACAGCCUCAGUGGACAGGGAGAGAAUCUUGAGAACUCGAAAUCCGGAGCCGGCUGGUGGACCUCAAGCGGCAUCUCCCAAUUCGUCGGCAAAUCCACCCAACUCCCAUACGACGCGCACACGAUCGUAGCCGCCAUCGCUCCCCGAGCCGUGAUCCUCGAGCAGAACUCCGGAGACCAGUUCACCGACUCCAAGGGCACCGCCACAGUGACGUUCCCAGCCGCGAAAGUGGUUUACAACUUCCUCGGUGCGGGCGAACAGCUCGGGAUGUCCAUCCCGUCAGGCGGACACUGCGACAUGAACGGAUACGGUGCGGUGCUACCAUUCGUCCAGAAGGUUCUGCAGGGGAAGACACCGAGUAAGAACUUCGAUGACCUGGGAAGUUGGAAGGCGAUGCCAGAAGCGUAUCCUUGGGCGACUAAUGUACCCAAGGCGACUUGA